AUGUACGACGGUGGCAUCUAUCCGUAUUCCUGCUGGCGCCAAACCUACAACCAUCCUUGCGGCCAAAGUGCGCAACGCUUCAGGAAUGGCUAUAAGUCGGUGACCAAGAGGUUCGCCUCCCAAAUUGCCGAGAUGAUGGAGCCGAAGAAGCGGAAGGUGACGGUGGCAAGGAAGCUGAAGAAGAAGGAAAAUCGAAAACGAAGAAAGGCUGCGAAAAAAGCGCUGGACGGGGCCGAUGAAAUUCCGGAGGUUGACAGAAGCGAUGAAGAGAUGGAAGAUGGGGAAACCGUAGUCACGCCAAAUCUGUUGGACUGCCCGAAUGAGGUGCUGGUGGUGGUGCUGAACAAUAUUAUGGCAAACAAAGGAGCGUUUGAAGCAGUCUACCCCAGUGGCUUCCUGGAGAAUUCAAGGAAACUGGUUCGCAAACGGCAUCUCCGUUUCGAGGAGUAUCGCCAAAUCUCCAAAAUCGGCCAGGCUAAUCGUCGUCUAGCAAGGCUGUGCUCGUUCUACUUGAAAGAGCUACAAAUUCCGGUCGCCGGACAGAUUACGGGUGAUUGGGAGCAUGGAGCCUUUCCGCUGAACGACUACCAAUGCUAUGUCUACGACAGUCCAUUCACCAAGAAGCACACUCAACGGCUCACCACCAACAAUUUUGUGCGCUUUUUCGAGGGAGGGCUGUUGACCCCUACGCUUCUCGUCGAUCAUUUGGCCGUAAAGCGCCUCAUUUUGAACGACGACGUCAUGGAGGGGAUUUUGGCGCUUGAUCUAUCGAAGCUGAAAAACCUCGAAUUCUUCGACAUCUACAGCGUCGAGCUGGCUGAUGCGCAGGAGAGCUUCUAUCGUCUUUUUCAAAAGACGGAAAGCCUGGUGGCCUUAAAAUUUUGGUCGUCCCAUGAAGAGCUGGAGGCUCAGAUUUUCACCGAGGAAUUCCGGAAACGAGUGGUCGACGAAUUGAACUGUCCAAUCGUCAACUUCUCCCCAAGCCAUGAGCAGGUGGCAGCCAAAAGGAAGGAGUUGAAACGCUGGAAAUCGAGACGCGAAGAGGAAUACGAAAAGACGAUUAAAGUGGAGUUUCCGAAAUUACGCCGGAAACUGACACUGCGGAAACGAUGGAUGCGUUUGCGAUGGCUGUUG